CAAACAUUCUGGAGAGAGGCCUUCUGCAGUGGCAACGUCAAAAAAAAAUUCACCCACUGCCAUGUUGAAGGUGUCCUUCUUUGGGGAAGCAGGAAUCGACACUGGUGCCCUUCGAAAAGAAUUUCUCACAGAAAUGGUCGCCGGAAUCGAGACUCGUUUCUUUGAAGGACCACCACACCAAAAAAGUCCACGCUAUUCCCUUACUGACUUUGACAGUGGACUCUUCAGGACUGUUGGUGAGAUUCUGGCCGUCAGUUUGGCACAAGGAGGUCCUGCCCCUACAUUUUUCAGCCAGUGGGCUUACAGUUACCUCUGCAAUGGGCAGAUCAACCCAACACAGCUGGAUAAAAAUACAGUGGCAGAUUCACAGUUGCGGUUACUGAUUGACCAGGUGGAAUCUUCAACUGAGCAGUCACUUCAGGGCCUUACUGAUGAGAUUUUAAACUGUGGAUUCACUGGAGCCAUCUCGGUUCAAAACAAGGAACCGAUUGUCCGAGCCAUUACACUCCAUGCUGUGCUUAGAUUGCAGCCAAUGUUGGAACAACUCAAGGAGGGUUUGCAGCUGUAUGGCCUCCACCUGCUGAUUAAGCAAUACCCAGAAAUCUGCCAGCCUCUCUUCGUCCUUGGGGGAGAUGUGAAAGUUAAUGCCGAGUUUGUCAUGGCGUCCAUUCACCCUCAGCUGAGUGAGAAGGGAACCUCUAAGCAUCAGGUUGAGCUGGACCUGGUUAACUUCAUUCAGGACUUGCUUUAUGAGUCAGAAGAAGGUCAAGAACAUGCAGCUGACGAAGAUGGCCCAAGAUCUAUCACACCUGCCAGGUUUCUGCAAUGGAUCACCGGUCAAGGCCAUGUUCCUCUCCUCCCCUCAGAAAAGAAGGACUUUGCUGUGGUGGUAAAAUUUAAUCACAAUUGUGAAGCUGACUUUGGAAAUCACAGCAUCUGCUAUCCUGUUGUGUCAUCCUGUGCUAAGACCAUUGUCCUGCCUGUGAAACAUAUGAAGUCCUAUAGUCAAUUCAGAAUGGUUCUGCUGGAGGCUUUUCAUCUUGGCCAGGAAUUUAACAAUGUGUAAAGCAUAGCAUUGUCUAUCAAUGUGUAACUCAAAAUGCUGCUCCUUCCAUUUAAUGUUCAGGAAGCACAUUUCAAAGUUGGAGAUUGACAGCCAGAGUUCUUUAAUGAGUGGCAUAAAAAUUUCCUGGCAGGUUCAUUUUACAUGUAUAUCAAAUCAAAUAAAAGUCUGAGCUAUUCAUGAACCUUCUCUGGGUUGAAAAUUCAAAAUAAAAAUGUUGCCGCCUAGGAACGGUGAGUUAGUACAAAGUUAAGUACAUCCAAAUAAAUGUCUCGGCCAUGUGACUGAGAGGGCCUUGUUACAUUGACAGUGUCUCUUAGUCUUGCCAUGUCCUCCUCAGAUAGAGGACAUUCAACAGAUGGAAGAAUUACUCCAGGAUUGCUCCCAUCCAGCUCACCAAUAGAGUUGACAUCCAAGUACGCAUCCUCGAUUUCCUGUGAUGAUUUAAAAAAAAAAAAGAUAUUUC